GAUGGAAAUUACGAGGUAACUAUCAUGACAAAAGCGAUCAUCCAUGAUGAUGGGAAGGUUGUCUGGAAUCCACCGGCCAUCUAUAAAAGUUCCUGUUUAAUAGAUGUGCAAUACUUUCCGUUUGAUCGCCAGGAGUGCCAGAUGAAGUUUGGAUCUUGGACUUAUGAUGGCUAUCAGGUUGAUCUACGACAUUUGGAAGAAGUAGAAAACACCAGCCUCGUGCCUCUUGGAAUCGACUUAUCCAAGUUUUAUUUAAGCGUAGAAUGGGAUAUCAUGUCUGUCCCAGCCAAGCGUAGAGAGAAAUACUACGCUUGCUGUAAUGAGCCAUAUCCGGAUAUCACGUUUAACAUCACAUUACGCCGCAAGACACUCUUCUACACGGUUAACUUAAUCAUUCCUUGUGUAGGCAUAGGUUGCUUAUCUAUCUUAGUCUUUUAUCUUCCUUCCGACAGUGGGGAAAAAGUUACAUUGUGUGUUUCCAUUCUUCUGUCACUAAUUUUCUUUUUCUUAGUGCUUUCUGAAAUCAUUCCCUCCACUUCUUUAGCGUUGCCACUUCUGGGAAAGUACCUUCUCUUUACCAUGAUUCUUCUCACCGUAACAGUUGUAGUAACCAUAUUAGUUUUAAAUGUACACUUUAGAUCUCCUUCCACUCAUAAAUUGAGACCCUGGGUCAGGAAAGUAUUCAUUCGCACGCUUCCGAAAAUUCUUCUCAUGAGAGAACCACAGUACAAGAAUUACAGUGACACUGAAGACAAACAAGACGACGGAAAUAUCCAGGAUAAUGCCAGAAAAGAUCGAACUUCCAGUGUUUCUGAGAGACAAGGUUCUUGUCAAGGCAGAGAAAAUACCUCUCAUCCUCUUGGUCGGUCUACAGCAGAGGAAAUCAUUAUUCAAGAACUGGAAUCGAGUCCAGGUUUUCUGGAAAGAAGAGUGCCGGAAAGAAUGGAAAAGACCAUUCAUAAUGCAAUGUUUAUCGCUCAGCAUAUUGACAAUCAAGAUGACUUUGACAGUAUAAAAGAAGACUGGAAAUAUGUUGCUAUGGUGCUCGACCGACUGUUCCUCUGGCUCUUUUCCACUGCAUGUAUUACUGGCAGUUUCGGCAUUCUUCUGCAGUCCCCUUUUCUCUACGACACAGAUAAACCGAUUGAUGUCAGACUCUCCAAAGUAGCUCAAACGCAAGAAAUGCCUUAUGACUGGCUUGAAAUGUAGAUUUAUCGGAAUUCACUGUAUUUUUAAGCGUUCGGAACACCUUUCAGAAUUAACUAUAGAGAAAGUGCAAAGUUACUAAAAUUUAGAAAAUAGUUCAAUAGUGGUUCCUCGGAAUUUUUUACUGUUCUAAAAUCAUAUUUAUUUAAAUAAACUCUUUUCUUACGUUUUCUUUAUACUUGGGACAUUUUAUUUGUUCAGUGUCUUUGCCAAAUAGCAUAGUCGGGUUAAUUUAUAAUUAGGAAAUUCUUAACUUAUGAAAGCACAACAUAAAAGAUAGGAAUACGGAUUAUUUCAUUCAAGUCUUCCUAUGACAGGUUUUAUCUAUUAGUCUGAUUAGCUGAAUGUCUUAGAACAGUUUCUCUGAUAAUAAACCUCAGUUUUCUUCAUGCAAAUGAAAA